UGAAAAAUCCCUGCCGGGGUUUCAUUCCACCACGAGGCACGAUAGGCAGAUAAACAUUAUAAUCCCCAACCACCAGCAUCAAAUCCGGCAAUCCUCGCUGCUGAUCUCGACCACCCUCGACAUAAUUAAGACCUCGCUCACCUCUCCACAAGUGUGUUGGGAGAAAUACAGCUUCGACAUCUCCACAUCUCCUAACCUCUUCCCCUGGACUGUUGGGCAGCCAUGAAGGACAACGGCUGGAUCAGCAAGCCAUUCCUGACUUCCCUAUUCCUGGGAAUCGGCGGCUUUCUCUAUGGCUUCGACUCGGGAAUCAUCACCCCCAGUCUGGCCUUGAAGUCAUUCCUGGUUUACUUCGGCAACCCUGACGCUCCUCUCCGGGGUGCCAUCGUCUCCGUCUACCAAGCUGGAGCGUGGCUCGGCAGCGCCUCGGUCGGUAUCACCAGCGACAGGUUCGGUAGACGCAGGGCAAUCGCCUUCGGAUGCGCCUUCGGUGUUGUUGGGGGGGCCCUGAUGGCCGGAGCCGCCCAUGUUGCCAUGCUCAUUAUUGGCCGUCUCUUGGUCGGGUUCGCCGUCGGUACUAUCACCGGUGUCGCUCCCGUCUUCGGCGCCGAGAUCGCAAAGACCGAGGAACGUGCCAAAAUUACGGCUUGUAACCAAAUGAUGGCCGCCUGGGGAUUCUUCGUUGCGCUGUGGACAGGAGUAGGCGAAGGCAAAUGGAACAACGCCCACCAGUGGAGACUGGGCUUUGCCAUCCAGGCCCUUCCGGCGCUCAUCCUCGGCAUUGGCGUGCUCCUCAUUAACGAGUCGCCACGGUGGCUGUGCCUAAAGGGCCGCCAUGCGGAGGCCGAGAAGGCGUUCCGCGGCUACCACUACAACGGGACCAACGACGAGUGGUGCGACACCGAGUUUUCGCUCAUCCAGGCCAACAUCGCCGAAGAGCUCGAGGCCCAGGGCCGCCUCUCGUGGGCGGACCUCUUCCGGAUCGCCGCCUUCCGGAGGCGCCUCUUCGUCGGGUCCUUCGUGUGGGCCGCCGCCAUGCUGUCGGGCAUCUCCUUUGUGCAGUACUACCAGACCGCCAUCUACGCGACCCUCCAGUUUGAGCAGAGCCAGCAGCUGCUCGUCAGCGGCCUGUACGGGACUGUCGGGCCCGUAGCCUGCAUUAUCUCUCUCUUCUUCGUCGACCGCAUCGGCCGCAAGAAGAUCCUCGUUACCGCCUCGUCGCUGCUUUCGCUCUGCUACAUGAUCAUCACCAUCAUUGCCGCCGUCUACCCAGCGCUUCCCGGCCAGCCCACGAACGCUGCUGCUCAGCGUGGUCUCAUUGCCUGUAUCUUCGCCGUUUCGGCCACCUACUCGGCCCUGUUGGGUCCGAUGACCUGGAUCAUUCCUCCUGAGGUCUUCACCACAGAGCUGCGAGCCAAGGCAAACGCCCUGGUGCAGGUCAUCCAUUACUCCAUCAGCUUGAUCAUCACCCAGUGCUCGCCCAUUGCGCUGGCGGCGGUCGGCUGGAAAUACUAUAUUCUUUUCAUCCUCACCAACGCGCUCUGUGCACUCGUCUUUGCGUUUGCGUAUCCGGAGACUAGAGGUAAAUCGCUGGAGGAGAUUGGCGAGAUUUUCGGAGACAUCCAGGUCGUCCGCGAUCCCCACAUGAAGAUGCCCCUGAACGAGAAGGCUACUUCCUCGAGCUUGGACGGCCACGCCAGCAAGACGGAAGUCGCGGGUGUCUGAUGCGAUGCGCCUGGGGGCCAUGGCAAAGGCUGCUACUCGUACCGGUAGCCCGCUUGUCGUGCGUAGGAGGAGGG